AUGAAGUGGGCUAUAAUAGUUUUACUCCUUCACUUGCUGCACAAAAUAAAGUGCGAGCAAUCCUACGAGGUGACCAAUGAGAAACUGGAACCUUUCGAAGGCGAUUCAGAGACCUUGGUGAUCUUCGAUGGAUUGAAAACUGUUGGUCGGGAGAGAGCUCUUAACGGAACCUUCAAAUUCCUUGGUGACAUGAACAAUGACGAUUUCAAGGUUUCGGUGGAACUAUAUUCAAGUCCCAAAGGGGAUGGAGAAUUUAAAAGGAUGGUCAUGGAUGUGCCUCAAACGAGCAUUUGCGAAUGCUUCAAAAAGUUCUAUGUUCAGUUCGUACAGCCUUCUGUAAAAACUGGAGAAACCACCAAUUUCCCCGUAGUCGAUGAAGAUUUCUGUCCCGUUCCCCAAGGCGAUUUCUACCUUAAAAACAUUCAGUUCAACACGAAGGAUUGGCCGUCACAAAUUCCUCGAGGCAGUGUCAAGGCCAUAAUCACAUUCUUCAGUGAUGACAAAAAUGUCGGAGGACUUAUUGUGAUCAUAAAAGUUGAGGAUCGACAAAGUUAAAGUGGUUUGUGAAAGUAUUUGUAAAGUGUUAAGAAAAUCUAAAAUGUUGGAUUAAGUUAUUAAGAUUAUUAAAUAAAUAAAUGUCUUUGAAAGCGA